GCGCCCUCGUCCCGGCGCGCGCACUCGCAGUCACCGCCACCCACCAGCUCGGGCACCAGCAGCAGCGCCGCCGCCACCGCCCACCUUCUGCCGCCGCCGCCUUCCCCUCCACUGUCCUCUUCUGUCCUCGCCUUCUGUCGGCCAUCAUCAGGUGAGCCUUUCCCCAGGAUGGCCGAGCCCCGCCAGGAGUUUGACGCAAUGGAAGAUCAUGCUGGGGCCUACACCCUGCUGCAUGAGCAAGACGGGGACACGGAACACGGUCUGAAAGAGUCUCCCCUGCAGACCCCCGCCGAUGAUGGAUCUGAGGAACCCGGCUCUGAGACCUCUGAUGCUAAGAGUACUCCAACGGCUGAAGCUGAAGAAGCGGGCAUUGGAGACACCCCAAACCUGGAGGACCAAGCUGCUGGACAUGUGACUCAAGAGGAAGUGAGAGUUCCAGGACAGCAGAGGGAGGCACCUGAGAGGCCCCUGGCCAAGGGGCUUAGUGUUCAAGCCCAGCCUGGACACGGCGGCGCAGUUUCUGAGGCCUCAGUGCCACCUCUGGGUGACCAGCAGUCAGAGGCUCCUGUCCCAGCCAUCGUGCACCUUCCUCAACAGCAUCCCAUCCGCCCGGCACUUCCUCUACCGGGGGGCCCUGAGAAAGCCCCCCAGGAAUGGGGACCAGAGCGUGGAGACCAAGCCAGGGAGAGUCUGGCUGGUUUGAAGCCCUCUUCCCCUGAAUAUCUCCACAUAGAGCCUGAGAGAGGCGAGGUGGUCCAGGAAGCCCUGGGUCUGAGCCCCCAAUGCCCAUUGGACCUGCCUGGCACCCGUGUUGCCCCUCAAGGCCUCAGAACGGCUGCAUGCCUGCCUUUGGGGAUGGGACCUGAGGACACAGAGCGAGGUGAUCCAAGCUCUGAGCUGCUACAACACCAGGAGGGGCUGGCUCCAAAGGGGGUCUGGGGCAAAGAGAGGCUGGGUGGCGAAGAGGAGCCGGAUGAAGACCGUGACAUCGACGAGUCAUCGCCCCACGACUCCAUUUCCUCCCAGGCCUCACCAGCCCCUGACGGGCCAUCCCCCCCGGUGGUCUCCAAUGCGGCCACCGGCAUCCUCAGUUGGCCAGCUGAGGGUUCCAUCCCACUUCCUGUUGAUUUCCUCUCCAAAGUUUCUACAGAGACCCCAUCUUUGCAGCCCGAUGGGCCCUGCACGGGGCCUACCCCGGAAGGGCCCGAGGUGGUCCCCGAGUUCACGUUCCAUGUGGAAAUCAAAGCCAACGUGCAGAAGGAGCAGGCGCAGGCCCAGCCGGAUUUGGAAGGGGCUACACUUCUGGGGGCCCCUGGACAGGAGCAAGAGGCCCGGAGCCUCUCGGUGGGAGAGGCCACAAAAGAGGCUGGCCUUCUGGAACCAUCUAAGAAGCAGCCUGCAGCUAGCCUGCCGGGGAGGCCCGUCAGCCGGGUCCCUCAACUCAAAGCUCGCAUGGUCAGUAAAGGCAAAGAUGGGACCGGAAAUGAUGACAAGAGAGCAAAGACAUCCACACCUUCCUGUGCUAAAACCCUGAACCAUAGGCCCUGCCUUAGCCCCAAACACCCCACUCCUGGUAGCUCAGACCCUUUGAUCAAACCCUCCAGCCCUGCCGUGUGCCCUGAGCCAGCCACCUCUCCUAAACACGCCUCUCCUGUCACACCCCGAACUGCCAGUUCUGCAGCAAAGGAGAUGAAACUCAAGGGGGCUGAUGGAAAAGGAACAAAGAUCGCCACCCCCAGGGGAGCGGCUCCUCCUGGCCAGAAAGGCCCAGCCAAUGCCACCAGGAUUCCUGCCAAAACCACGCCCUCCCCAAAGACUCCACCCGGCACGGGUGAAUCGGCAAAAUCUGGGGAUCGCAGUGGCUACAGCAGCCCCGGCUCCCCAGGGACUCCCGGCAGCCGCUCUCGCACCCCAUCUCUGCCAACCCCACCCACCCGGGAGCCUAAGAAAGUCGCUGUGGUUCGCACUCCCCCCAAGUCACCAUCUUCCACCAAGAGCCGCCUGCAGACUGCUCCGGUGCCCAUGCCGGACCUGAAGAAUGUCAGAUCCAAGAUAGGCUCCACGGAAAACCUGAAGCACCAGCCGGGCGGUGGGAAGGUGCAGAUAAUUAAUAAGAAGCUGGAUCUUAGCAACGUCCAGUCCAAGUGUGGCUCAAAGGACAAUAUCAAACACGUCCCGGGCGGCGGCAGUGUGCAAAUAGUCUACAAACCAGUGGACCUGAGCAAGGUGACCUCCAAGUGUGGCUCAUUAGGCAACAUUCAUCAUAAACCAGGAGGUGGCCAGGUAGAAGUAAAGUCUGAGAAGCUGGAUUUCAAGGACCGAGUCCAGUCGAAGAUCGGAUCUCUGGAUAAUAUCACUCAUGUUCCUGGAGGAGGGAAUAAGAAGAUUGAAACCCACAAGCUGACUUUCCGUGAGAACGCCAAAGCCAAGACGGACCACGGGGCAGAGAUUGUGUACAAGUCUCCCGUGGUGUCUGGGGACACGUCUCCACGGCACCUCAGCAACGUGUCUUCCACCGGCAGCAUCAACAUGGUAGACUCGCCGCAGCUCGCCACACUGGCCGACGAAGUGUCUGCCUCCCUGGCCAAGCAGGGGUUGUGAUGGGGCCCCUAGGGCGGUCAGUAAUCGUGGAGAGAAGCGAGAGUGAGAGAGUGUGGAAACGUAGGUGAAUGGUCUGGCCCCUC